CUAGUUCUAGUUAGAGUAACAUUUUCUUCAGCUGAAGACAACUCGAUUGUGGUGUUUAUUAAUAUCACGUGCUUUUAAUUUGAAUUGUUGUUACAUUUCGAUUACCGAUUCGCGGAAGCCACGCCCCUCUGUUUUUAGAGUGAUAGAGACGGCAGAUAACCACUGGAAUGGUUAUGAAUAAAUGACAAAGUGGAACGAAAGAGAGCGAACGGCGGCCUUCGUGCGUAUGGGUGUGAGUCUGUAUCGGUAUCGAUUCGGAGAUCAGCUUCGCAGUUAACUUGGGCUGAUCCGCAGCAAGUUGGUGUUUGUGUGUCGCACGGGCUUUUCUGAUAGUCCACCCACCCUGAGCCUCCUCUUUCCGUUUGUUGGAUUUUCGACUACCGUGUAUUGUGUCGCUGUCUGUUGGAUGCUGCGGCCCAUCAUCAGUACUGAUACGAAUCUCGAACGGAGUGCGGCGCUACGUACAGUUGUUUAGCCGGGGGAAUUUGGUCCGGAGCAUUCUCGUGUACUCGUGAGUGGGUUCAACUCGGUGUUAUCCUACACGGAUCUUCUGCACCGGACUCACCCACACUCUUGUCGCUCUAGCUCAAGCUCUAGCUAGGAGCUUCCAUUUAGCAGCACCCGUCGCCAACCAGAAACGAGGCUCUCGGUGGACGAAUCCAAACACUAAACCAAAUCCCAUCAGACCAGUGACGGGGCCGGAUUCGAUUUUGGGAUCCUCCUGCCUAGAUAGAGCGCCAGGCGUCACGGGACGUCCACUUUGUUGGAACCGUCGGGCCAAACGCCGCCACAUCUCGGUGUUAUCGUCCUCUACUAUCGCAACUUUGGCCGUAAUGAAUUAAAUUUGUUACCUACUCAUUUAAUUAAUAAAGUGUCUAAUUAAUAAGCGUGAGAAGUGUGUGAGCUGGAGGCGCUGGCGUAGUUUUUUUUUCCUUUUUCGUUCAACUUUCCAUUCGUCCCGGAUUGUUGGAGGUCUGGUGAUCCCUAAGGGAGAAAACGUGAUUUCUCCUCCGAAGGAGGAAGAAAGUUGGAAAGAUCUCACGUGAAAGUGAAACGCCGCGACGACGACUACUACUCAACCUGCAACUUACGACGACGAGGACGACGACGCGCGGUGCAAAUUAGGCGCCCAGUCACAGUGAUCAUCUCGCCAAUAAGCGUUUAUGCAUAAUUAAACCCGUGUCGUGAAGCUCUAGCGUGCAAAUUGGAUAUGCGUAAUUGAAAGUGUAUAUACUUACUUACACACGAAGAAGACGACUCUGCUCGCUACUAUUUGCUGUUGCUGCAGCUGGUCGAUUGGCCCUGAUGAUUAAGUGAUAGUUUUUUUUACUAAUAGUGAGUAAACAUGAUGCGCGACAAUUGUUUUGGCGACUAAUUAGUCAAGGUGAAGUGAAUUCGAUACACAAACAUGGUUGAUCUGAGAAGAAAGCGAGAGUGAUUUCGGAUUUUGUUUUUGUCGUUGGUGGCGGCGGCGAAGCUUAUCUAGCUUCUUGACGGAAAUCUAAGACUAAAGAAAUUCUGCAAAAUUUGCAGUAAAACAAAUUCAAACUGUCGGCCCUGUCGAUAAGAAGCUUCUCAGCCAACAUGCUGAACAAUCUGGGUGCGGCUGGAUUGGGAGGACCAAAAGAGUGCGACCUGCCGAAGGGCGGCAUCACAUCUCUGCACGGGGGCAACGGUUUUGGUCCGAUUCCGAAUUCAGGCAGCUCAGACAGCAACGGCAAUCGGUUGCAUGUCAACAACAGUGGCCCUGGCGGAGGAGGCGGGGGUGGAGGCGCUGGUGCCGGAAGUGGAGGUGGAUCCGGAGGAAGUGGCGGGGGACUCUGUGAACCGCACAACAUCCACCAGGAUCAGCACAUUACGGAUAAAAACGGAAAACAGAAAAGACACCGGACCCGAUUUACGCCGGCCCAACUGAACGAGCUGGAACGGUGCUUCUCCAAGACGCACUAUCCGGACAUCUUCAUGCGCGAGGAGAUCGCCAUGCGGAUCGGGCUGACCGAGUCGCGCGUUCAGGUUUGGUUCCAAAAUCGACGAGCCAAGUGGAAGAAACGAAAGAAGACAACCAACGUAUUCAGAACUCCAGGUGCCCUUCUCCCCUCCCAUGGUCUGCCACCCUUUGGCACUAACAUUACCAAUAUUGCAAUGAGCGAAAGUUUAUGCGGGACUUCGAUGUUCGGUGGCGAUCGGUGGGGAGUAGGAGUCAAUCCAAUGACCGCCGGAUUCGGUCAGCUGAAUCAAACCACCUCGCUUUCGUCCACCCUCAAUGGUGGCCUGAACUCGGGGAUCAACAUUUCGUCGGCCAUGGGCGCCGGCGGUUAUCACAACUAUGGACUGAACGCCCUUGGUAAUGAAUUUAGAGCUGACUUUUCCUGUGACAGCAUGAUGUACCAACACUCGGUGGGCGGAGUUGGGGGAUGCACCGGAGGAUCGCCGACUUCGACCCCGCCCAACAUUAGUGCAUGUUCUUCGUCGACGCCGCCACUCGGGAGCAGCAGUGGGCAGCAGCAGCAGCAGCAACAACAGCAGCAGCAACAGCAACAGCAACAACAACAACAACAGCAGCAGCAACAACAACAGCAAGGUGCUAGUCAAAACGAACCGAACGCCAACGGUGAUAUGUCAAAUCAAGGACCGCAUCUGGGUAACUGCCAGGGCUUAACUUCCGGCACCCCGGAGGGCGACGAAGAUGUCUGGCGGGGUCACAGCAUUGCGGCCCUCAGGAGGCGGGCCUCGGAGCUCAACCAAACGAUGCCCUCGUACUUGCACGCUCACAACUACGAUCACCACAACUCGGUGUAUUGACUGCAGUUAUACAAAUAGGACAGCCAGUGGGGGGCUGCGGAUCUGUUCGAAGGCCGCUGAAACGUCGAGGUAUUUAGCUCGGUCGUGACUCCCGCAGGUUGAACGAAGUUUUUAGUUCAAAUCUAUUUUAUCUUCUUUUUGGCUCUCGAAAGACAGCUCGUACUACCAUUCAAAUCGAUGAAAUCGUUUUUAUAAUGCAACAAAAAUGGAGUAUACGAUAUAUAGCGGAAACUAAACUGUGAGACCAGUGAUGAACCUGGUGAAGGAACAACAUCUCGAAGUAUACGAUUUUUAAUCAUGUUCAAACCGAACAUUAGCUUAGUUCAAAACUGAAAGGAAAAUUCAUUUGUUUUAUAAAUACAAAAAGUGCUUCAACAGCGAAACCAAGUAUACGAAGUUUCCACGACUGUGAAAGUGGAACCCAAACGAGAGAAAACGCGGAAUGAAAGGAAUGAUAAUAAAGUAUUUUUGUGGUAAUCAUAAAUUAUUCUCUAUACUCAUACACAGUGAAACUCUAAUGAAUAUUGAAAACUGAAUUCAUCUUAAGGACACGCAAAAUCUGUAUAAAAUAAUCUUUCUCGAUCGUGAAACAACGCAAUGCAGCUGAUAAAUGAACGUAAAAAGCCAACAUUCCAAGACCAGUGUGCUGUAAAUAGGCGAACACUUUCGUUUUCUUCAAAAUUUUCUUUAUAGAAUUAUUAAAAAGGGACAACAGUGUAAUUGAAAUUGGUUGUAAAAACAAAAAGAUAUCAUUUGGUCCAUGUAAACUUGCCCGCAUGCCGUUUCCAUUUUGUACAGUCCUAAACCAUUUUAUUUUGAACAGUUGAUGAGGAAAGCGCUUAAAAGAUUUCACAGCACUUUUAAAUUUUUUCUUUCAUUAAAAACGAGAACAAACCCCCUUUCAAUGGCCAAAAAUUACAAUAAUCAGGCGAUUACAUGUGUAUCUAAGCUAGGCGUAAGCAGAUAAACCCGAUAAGUAGAACAAACAGGAAGAGCCUAUCAACGGAGUACGUAACAUUCUUACUUAUGCAUCGCGCGUUUCCGCCAACAAAAAAGAAAGUAGAAGACGGCUAGAUGGAUUAAAAUUUGAGAACAAUUCGAUCAGCAACCAGUGUAUACGAUUAAUGAAAAUAAAAAUUCUUAAAUUAAGACGAAUCUAAGAAAAAAAGAAGAUGUAUGUUAGUAAAAUAUUUCAUUAUUGAUAUCUAAUA